AAAAAUACAAGAGCGUCCAAUGUAAUUCUUCACUGGGCGUUAACAGAAGAACAUAAACCCUCCAAAUCUCCGAUUCCCGAUUCCCGAUUCCGGCCGGACAGUGAUAACUAUCACUCAAAUCCGCCAUUUCUGAGCUCCUCAGCGGUCCAACAAUGACGAUACACUCAGCGCUAAUCCAGAAACUUCUGAGCACAAACGCGCACCUGGGGAAGCGCGUAGCGCAGAACCACUUCAAGAUCUAUUCCGCGGGCAAUCGCAACGCCAUGACGGUCAUAGACUCUGACAAAACCCUAAUAUGCAUCCGCAGCGCCUGCGAUUUCAUCAGCAGCCUCGUCCGCGACAGGGCGCGCUUUAUCUUCGUCAACACCAACACGCUCUUCGACGACAUCAUCGAUCAGAUGACAAAAACCAUCGGCUGUCGCAACGACACCUCAUGGCGUCUCGGAGGCUUUUUGACAAACAGUUCGAGUCCGCGGAAGUUCAGGAGCCGUAACAAGAAGCUCAACCUUACCGCCGUUCAUGCUCCCGAUUGUGUCGUGAUUUUCGACACUGACAGGAAAUCUUCCGUCAUUGAGGAGGCGUCUAGGCUGCAGAUUCCCAUCGUGGGGCUGGUUGACUCCAAUAUGCCCUGGGAUACCUAUAAGAAGAUCACAUACCCUAUACCGGCGAAUGACUCGGUUCAAUUUGUCUAUUUGUUCUGCAAUUUGAUCACCAAGACAUUCCUUCAUGAGCAGAAGAAGCUGAAUCCUGGCACCCGAGAGGAUGUUCAAUUCCUUGACCAAAGCAAGACGGCUACCAAGGACAAAGUAACUGUUCUCCCUCAUGAGAACUUAGAACCGCUUUCUGAGGAUCUUUCUGAAACUAAACAGCUAUUGGACAAACAUGUUGUUUUGAACUUCACUGGUAAUUCGGGUACAGAUGGGCUCCAAUAAGCCAAAUUGCAGCAAAGAAUAAAAAAUCCAAGAAGACCAAUGACGAUUUUGUUGAUCCACGAAGGCAAGAAUCACAGGAUAAGCAAGAUGGAAAUGGGGCACAAUAUGAAUUUACAGCCGAAACGGCUAUGAAUUUAUUUGGCGUAUGGGGUUUGUUAAACAUAUUAAAACUAUGGAAACGUAUUGCUUUAUACACUGAGGACAAUAAUCUCAUAUUCCGGCGUGUGCAGCUGGGAUUAAGAGUUCUGUGCAUUGUUGUAAUUUCGGUCAAUUCUUGGAAUGUUAGAAAUCUGUCGCCACUUUAUCGUACAUAUCACUCAAUUGGGUUAUUUAAUCUUUUAUAAAAUCUUAAUGGAUUUUGAAGUAAA